UUGUGCGGCGCUGAGGCAGCGCCGCGGCCUGUUCUACCGGGGAUGGAGGACGGCGGCGGGGCGGCAGCGGCGCCCCCCGAGACCCCCGUCGGUCUCUCGGCCUCCCAGCGGCGGGCCGAGCUGCGGCGGAGGAAGCUGCUGAUGAACUCGGAGGAACGGAUCAACCGCAUCAUGGGCUUCCACCGGCCCGCGGCGGGCAAGGGUGAGCCCUGUGGCGGCGGCGGCGUGAGGGCUCGGGACCGCGGGGCUGGAGAUGAGGAAAGUCACACGGAAUCAAAGCUUCAGCACGAACCAGAGAAAUCCAACUCCCUUUCCAUUCCUUCGGUCUCCAAGCGAAUCGUGCUGGGUGACUCUGUCUGUGCUGUGGGAGGUGUGGGUGACCAGGCGGGCAGCGUGGCAGACCUCAAAGGGGACAAGGACUUGUUCAGUAAAGCUCCUGAGCUCAUCAGUGAGGUUCAAAGUGAGCUCCGUCACCGUAACAGAGGGGAACUGCCACCCGAGGCUGCCCCACGGCCAUCCAGACGCGGAUUAGAGCAGUUCUUACCCAGAUUUGAUGAAGCUCUGAAGCUGAGGAACCAGCUGAUGAGUGAGAAGCCGAGCCAAGAGAACGGCAAUGCCGGGGAGGAGUUCGACUCUUUCCGCAUUUUCAGAUUGGUGGGGUGUGCUCUGCUCGCCAUCGCCGUCAGGGCUUUUGUCUGCAAGUACUUGUCAAUAUUUGCUCCGUUUCUUACUCUACAACUUGCUUACAUGGGACUGUCCAAGUACUUUCCAAAGUGUGAGAAGAAGGUGAAAACAACAGUACUGACUGCUGCUCUCCUGCUGUCUGGGAUCCCCGCCGAAGUGAUCAGUCGCUCCAUGGACACCUACGGCAAAAUGGGAGAUGUUUUCACAGACCUUUGUGUCUAUUUCUUUACUUUUAUCUUUUGCCAUGAACUUGUUCUGUUUUUUGGGUCUGAAGUACCGUGAUGGCUGUAGGACUCACCGCAGUAGUUACACUAAAGCUCCCUGGACUCUUUUCCUUUCACGUCUGACCGUGCAGAGGUUCAAACCUUCAUUCAAAUUCUUACCUGCUCGAAUGCUUGAAAGGAGCCUUAAAUCCAGUCGUUUUGGGGAAAGGAAGAGCAGGGUCCUGGUUGUCUUAGUUCCGUUUAUUUAAAUACUGUGUCUGCCUGUUACAAAUGUGAAGAAUAGGGUGCAGGUGUCAGUGGAUGAUUUGUUUCGUUUAAUUAAGAUGAUGCCCUCAGCCUCCUUCAUAAACAUUCACAAAAGCUGCCUUUGUUCUUUCCAGUGAGAACAAAGAGAAGAGAAUUCCUUUCAGCAGAACCAUAUAUAUAUAUAUAUCUCCUGUAUGAUUAUAGCUAACAAGAACUGCUCAUUUUGUGGUGUUCCCAUUUUUUUUUUAAAGAAAGCUCUAAAUAAAAGAAAUCCCUGUUCCUCUU